GCGAUUCUUGGAGGUGUCGCGUGGUCGUUUUCUUUCUUUUUUUUUUCCUACUGUUUUUUUUUUUUCUUUCAGGCUGUCACCUAAAGAAAAAUUAUUAAUUUUUUUUUUUUCUUGAAGAGGAGAUUUACGGCCCCUUCUGUGCUCCACGCUGUGGACCGGGCUGGGGAGGGAGGCAGUGGUGACGACUGGCAGUGCGCACAGCAGAGCGAGAGACUUUCAAAGGGGGCAGGCAGAGUCUGCAGGCAGGAAACAGAGCAGAAAUCCAAAGACGGCGAAUUAUAAAGUUGCAGUUAUCACAAAGCAAAAGGGGGAGUGUCGCUGGAGGAGCACAGCACGCCUGAAUUUCUAUUCCAGGGGCCGCUGGACCAGGCUUUAGCGCAUGUAGAGAGGAGGAGGAGGAGGAGGAGGAGGGAGGAGGGGGGGGAGUGAGUGAGUACGUUUCACAGGAUCCAGGCCUAGUAGUAUUGCCGCUGGGACUCUCCCCAUCCGCUUUCAAAAAAUUGGAAAUUGGCACAUUUAAACGCCAAAAUGAGCGGGUUGAGGGUCACGUUCGCAGUGGCCGACACCGGAAUGGGAGGGAUCAUGCCAGCAUGAGUGGGCCUUACGCAGGCCCUGGCAGGGACACUCAUCAGUCCAGCUGCCCUUUGACCCCCGGCCGUGACCUCUCCACCCACUCCUGCUCCUCCAGACACAAUGACCACAGGAUCGGCCUAACCAUGUCUGCCGCCGCCUCCUCCUACAAGCAUGCAUCAGUCUACGGAUUUGCACAGACGGACCACUCCUCUUCCUCCUCCUCGUCCUCCUACAGUCCUCUCAGGAGGCUGCAACAUCUCACCACCAUGGUGAGCCAGCCCGACCUGGUGCUGCCACUGAGGGAGCCGGAGAGGAGCUGGGAGUGGGGGGUGAAUAAGAAGGAGAGGGGGAAGGCGUCCGAAAGGGACUCCUGGGCUGAUUGCACUAGCAGUGAUUACUCUAGCACCAAGAACACAAGCAGGGAGGAGAGCUUUGGUAAACCCCCCGCUGGACAAAAGCUACCUAGAAGUCGAGAUGCACCGACGACCAAUCGGAGCGAUCCUGUCGUCUCAGAGAAAAAGAUGGAAAGUUGUUUCUCAGGCCCGCCUAGCCCGGCCUUCUCUCUCGACAGCAACAGCCCCUUCGCUAACGGCUUCCUCCACUUCGAAUCCUCUUUGUUUGAGGACGAUGAUGAAGACCGGGAGACUGUGUCACCUGCCGGAAACUUGCAGGACAAAGACGAGACGCCGAGGAAUAUUCUCCAGUCCACUCCUGGAAACUUAAACACAGAAUCGAAGGCCACUCUGUCUUCAGCGAAGGUCGUCACCCGGUCCCAGUCCUCGGGUCAGCGCAGGAGAUACUGGGACGGCUCAGAUGACGAGUGGGACAGCGACACCGAGCUGUUCCUGCUCGGGGAUAGUUCCUUAAGGAAUUCAAUGCAGAGCAGCCUCAAGAAAAAGUCUUUGCCGCCUGUGAAGUUUUUAGAGGGGGAAGUUAUUUGGGCGAAGUUCAACCGAAGACCAUGGUGGCCCUGUGAGGUGAUCGUUGACCCUGCAGAGGGAUUCUAUCACAGAGUGAAAGAGCCCAGCGAGCGGCCCGGUCGGCUCUACCAUGUCAGGACGUUUGGGGAACCUACGGAGCAAACCUGGGUGGAAGAAAAAUCAACUCAUGUUUUUCAUGGAGGGUUUGAAUUCGAACAACUCUCCCUACUGCGUCGGCGGGGGAAGCAAAAGGAGCAGAACCACAAAUACACUAUUCCAAAGCGUUUUCAGAAUUCUUGGAAAUCCAGCGUGGCAGAAGCUGAAUCUGUUCUCCAAGAGAGACCCAAAAUGGCUCCCUUCAUUCCAUCAUCCAUAGAUGAUGCCUUCCAUAGCAAUUCCACACCGGAGAGAGUAAACAAGGCUGAUACAAUCUUGCCUCCCCCUCCUUCACCAACCUGUCCUGAGACAUCACACUUGACAAAUGGAUCCAUUUCAUCCCAUGAAGUGUCAUCACAAAUAACAACUCCAGCAAAGCCAAGCACUUUAAAGAAAUCAUCUGGCAAGAAGAAACCAAGUAAAUCGUCAAAGGAAAUUAAUAGUAAACAUUCUAAAAAGACGUUGCAAAGUAGGUCUGACCACUCUGAGAGAGACAAUGGAGAGUGCCCAUAUUCUGACCUCGACUCAGUCCCGAAGAUUUUGUGUCCUAAAGCGCUGGAGCGUCAGUCCAAGGUAUUAACAACUCAGCCAUCUGUCACAGUUGUCAGAGAGGUGAAGAAGCAGCCAGAGAUUCAGACUGGUCUUUGGUUCAGCAAAUCAGGCAAAGACAGACGACCUAAAACAACCAGUCCAAUGCCAGACCGCACUCUCUUUAGUAAGGUGCCCUGUAAGAAGAAGAACUCAUCUGUAGUAAGUAAGAAGACACUGCUACCUGGUGGCUCCUCCUCUUGUGGUGGGCCCACUGACCAGUCAGGGUUGUCAGACAAGCAUAAGACUCUGGUACCUGCUGAAACUGUUCUGCCAUCUGAAGAGUCAGGAUAUUUGAAGUGUACAAACAGCUCAGUUGCUAAUAGGCCUUUUGGUACAACUGGCUGUCCCAAUUACCAGUCAGGAUCGUCCCUGGUCUCUGUUGAGGCUGCUGUGCCCUCUGACAGGUGUGGGUAUUCAAAGGGCAGACAUACAAUCAGCAACACAACUGACACUGUGACGGGCACAGCGUCUGACCAGUUAGGUAGCUCAGAUGUUAAAAAGGCUUUAGAGCCCAGCAUGACUGUCAACUGCAAUGACCAGUCAAGGUUUUCAGAGAGUGUCAGUCAAAAAGAAAAUUCUGACUUGAGAGUUAAUACAGAGGUUGAUGUAAUUGACAGGAUUUCAGGCAAAGCAGAAGAAAAAGAAAGUAAGUAUCUAGCAUCCACUACUAACCAAUUAGCAAGGCCAGAAAAGCAAACCAAUCUUGCCUCCAAGUGUAGGCUGCCCUUUGUCAAAUUAAUACGCAAGGACAUAAAGGGAAAGAAGUUCCUAAACUCCAGUACCACUGACCAUCCUGGAUCUACAAAGAAUGAUAAAAAACAAGAUAUUAAUGCUUCUAAAAAGUCCUCUAAACAGUCAAAUUGCAUGGACAGCAAGGCAAGUGUCUCAGUCGAUAAAGAAUCCAGUUCAGAACCCAUAAAGCUAUCAGUUAAGAAGUUAAAAGCAAGUGGUGGGACUGGUAUUCUUCGUCUGUCGUCGGAAUCAUCACAAGAGAAAACCACCGUUGCCUCCAGUGAGUUGGGUAACCUGGAAUCAGAAAGGAUACCUGUUUUAAAUGUGAACCCAAGCAAGGAGACUAACCCAUCCUCUAACCAAUCAGACAGGCCAGAAGGUAAAACGACUUCUGACUCCAAAGUAACAUGCCUUUCUUCUGAUCAGCUUGGUAGCUCACAGCAAAAAAUUACAUCUAGUACAGUUUUUAAUAGAACUCCUUCACCUUCUCAUCGGCAUGGGAAUUCAGAAUGUAGGAAGGCAAAUGUACCCGAAGGCCUGUCUUCUGAGAAAUCCAAGAAAGUAAUCCACAAAUCAAAGCAAGUUCCAGAUAAAGUGAAUAAAAUCCGACUACCUGAGCAGCCUGCCCACCUCCCAGCCAGCAAUCGGCUGAUGACCAGAGCCUUAAAGGCCAUGCGGGAGGCAGAACAAAAGAAGCGUGAAAGAGCACGAAAGGAUGUUGAAAAGAAAGAACUCUUGAAUCCCCCCAGAAAAGCUGAGAAACUUGUGGGCCACAAUGCGCGUAACUCCACUUGGAAUCAUGAGACCAAACAGGAAAGUUGCACUAAAACAAAAGCUCUUAAAUCUCCCUGUAAAGACAAUGGCAAGCAUGAUCAGGACACCUCCUCUAGCUGUAGCACCCCUUCCGUGGUGUUUUCAAAUUCCGCUGACUUUGAAACUGAAGUCAAGAGCGAGGAUGAAGACCUCUCAAUAUCCUCAACCCCACCAAUGGACUUUAUACCCCUCACUUCCCGGGUAAAAGCAAAGAAUGAAGAUCACUCCUCUGACAUAGGCCCCUCAUCAUUACCUUCCUCGCCAUUUUCUUUUAUGAAUGCCUUUAAAAAUGUGGAGGAGGUAUCCUUCCAGUCCUUGACAAAUGAGGGCGAUGGUAAGCCCAUCUCUUUCAAAGCAGACACCAACUACAAGUUCAGCACUUUUCUCAUGAUGCUAAAGGACUUGCAUGACACUAGAGAGCGGGAGGGGACUCCCUUAGAACUGGAAAUUGGGCCACCAAGUGCACAUGUGAAGGAGGAACCCUUAGUGAUGCCUGGGGAGGCUACAACUGCUGGUCAAGAUAAACAAAUUGAACAUAUUAAAGACAAUUCAAGUCCAGACAAAAUCAAACACAGUGGAGUCAGCACAUGUCGGAUAUCCAAGAGGCCCUACCACAGAAGGGGCAGCACCACUGGGUUUAAAAAGAAAGCCAACCGCAAAGUGCCUUGUCGUCCUGCCAGGUCUGGACCUGGUUUUCCAGGACUGGAAUCCUUGCCAGCAACGGACUCUUCAUCAGGAUUGGAUUCUAGUGUCCAGUCCCUGUUGGAAAUCCAGCCCAGCGGCUGGGAGAAGCAGACAGGAGGAGGUGGUGAACGAGUGGUUGGAGAGGGGAAGAAGAAUAGGUGGAGCAGAGUAAAUGAGAACCUACAGAACAUGGUGCCUUUGGAGCAGAGAGGAUUCAACACUACGCUGCGCCAGGAACAGCUGAAUGGUCUUGUUACAGACCGCACUGAGGUUAACACAAGCUUGAUGCGAAGUGCUGGAGAAGGUGACAAGGCUGCAACAGUGCAUAAGCGAAUAAGAAAACCAAGCAAGAGGCUGAUUGAAUGGACUGAAGAGUACGAUCAGAUUUUCUCCACAAGGAAGAAAAACAAAAAGCCUCUCCAGUUGAUUGGAAAGGUCACUCAGCCCAUUAUUACCCCCGUGUCGGAACCCCCGGGAUCAGUCAAGGACACGCAUGACCACCCAUCCUUGAACUUGCUUCCUGAAAUACAGACACCGCCUCCCGAGGAAAUUGCUGCAACGACGCCCUCUGAACUACAAAUUCCCAGCACUGAAAACACGUCCCCUCAAGAUGCACCUGUGCUUUCCAUAGAUACGCUUACACCUCCCCCUGAAGCUGAUCCUUCGCUGUCAGAAGCCCUCGUCAAAGACACCGGAAACGCUCCUGUGCUGGGAAGGAAGAGGAAGCGGAAACCCACUCAGAAGAUCUUGGAGUACUGUCUGGAGGCAGAAGCUUCAAUUGGCCCCAAGAAGAAGGUCAAAACACUGAAGAACAAUUCAAAUCCUGCCCCUCAAUCAGAUUCUGCAGCGCCGCCUUUAAAAUCAAAGAGUAAGCAGCCCACAGCGUCCAGCGCCACACCGACAACAACAGAGAUUUCCACCUCUGCCCCAGCGCCCCCCGUCCAGACGGAUCCUCCUCCCAGCUCUCCCGCAGUCUCCACUGUCUCGCCGGCUCCCCCCGAACCCGGCCAGGUGGAGAAAGCUUCAGCAGACAAAGAUGCUCCUGAAGCAGAGAACGAUAAAUCUGAAGAGGUCAAAAAGGACACAGCAGACUCAGAGGGUGACCAGUCCAGCCUGGAUCAGAGCUUCUCCUCUAUGAAGGACGACUUGUCGCUGUGUGAUGACCUACUUUUACCUUCGAGAAAGAUCAUCGGGGACCGAGGAGGCCCUGCCUCCAUGAAGGAGAACAUAUGUCAGGUGUGUGAGAAGACAGGGGAGCUGCUGCUCUGUGAGGGUCAGUGCUGUGGAGCUUUUCACCUGCCCUGCAUCUCUCUGGCCGAGGCCCCUAAAGGGAAGUUUGUCUGUCCUGAGUGCAAAUCAGGCAUCCACACCUGCUUCGUAUGUAAAAAGCGCAGUGAGGAUGUGCGGCGCUGUAUGAUUCCUGUAUGCGGGAAGUUUUACCACGGGGAGUGUAUCGCCAACUUCGCCCCGACGGCACCUGUGAACCGAGGAUUCCGCUGCUCCAUCCACGUCUGUCUCACCUGCUUCAUCGCCAACCCCAACAGCUCCAACAUCGCUAAAGGUCGUCUGGUACGAUGUGUGCGCUGCCCGGUUGCCUAUCACGCCACGGACCUGUGCAUGGCGGCGGGAUGUGUUGUUCUGUCCAACAACAGCAUCAUCUGUCCCAACCACUUCGCCCCACGCCGCGGUGUCAAGAACCACGAACACGUCAACGUCAGCUGGUGCUUCGUCUGCACUGAAGGGGGCAGCCUGCUUUGCUGCGAGUCAUGUCCCGCUGCGUUCCACCGCGAGUGUCUUAACAUCGAAAUGCCAAAAGGCAGCUGGUACUGCAACGACUGCAAGGCUGGGAAGAAACCUCGCUUCAAGGACAUCCUGUGGGUGAAGGUUGGGCGGUACAGGUGGUGGCCCGCAGAGGUCAGCCAUCCCAAGACGAUCCCAGAGAACAUCCAGCGGAUGAGGCACGAUGUCGGGGAGUUCCCCGUUCACUUCUUUGGCUCCAACGACUACCUGUGGACCUACCAGGCUAGAGUCUUCCCUUAUAUGGACGUGGAUGCCAACAGCAAGGAAAAGAUGGGGAAAGGUGUUGAUGCCACCUACAAGAAAGCCUUGGAGGAGGCGGCUGUUCGAUUUCGUGAACUGCAGGCAGAGAAGGAGCUUCGGCAGCUUCAAGAGGACAGGAAGAACGACAGGAAGCCUCCUCCAUACAAACAUAUAAAGGUGAAUCGGCCAAUAGGAAAGGUUCAGAUCUUCACAGCCGACCUAUCAGAGAUCCCACGCUGUAACUGUAAGGCGACAGACGAGAGCCCGUGUGGGAUGGACUCCGAGUGCAUCAACCGCAUGCUGCUGUACGAAUGUCACCCACAGGUUUGCCCGGCGGGUGAGCGGUGCCUCAACCAGGCGUUCACCAAGCGUCAGUACAGCCAGGUGGAGAUCUUCAGGACGCUGUCUCGAGGCUGGGGGCUCCGCUGUGUCCACGACAUCAAGAAGGGUCAGUUUGUGAGUGAGUACGUCGGGGAGGUGAUCGAUGAAGAGGAGUGCAGGUCGAGGAUCAGACACGCCCAGGAGAAUGACAUCUGUAACUUCUACAUGCUGACUCUGGACAAGGAUCGAAUCAUCGAUGCCGGGCCGAAGGGGAACGAGGCUCGCUUCAUGAACCACUGCUGUCAGCCGAACUGUGAGACGCAGAAGUGGACGGUGAGCGGAGACACCCGGGUGGGACUGUUCGCUCUCGUUGACGUCGCUGCAGGAACAGAGCUCACUUUCAACUACAACCUGGAGUGUUUGGGGAACGGGAAAACGGUCUGUAAAUGUGGCGCACCAAACUGCAGCGGCUUCCUCGGCGUCAGGCCAAAGAACAACCCUCCUCCAUCCGACGACAAAGGUCGUAAACUGAAGAGGAGGGGCCACGGCAGGAGGAGGAAGAAGGUCGUGGUGACCAAAGAAAGAGAGGACGAGUGUUUCAGCUGCGGAGACGGAGGACAGAUGGUUUCCUGCAAGAAACCUGGCUGUCCCAAAGUUUACCACGCCGACUGUCUCAACCUCACCAAGAGGCCAGCAGGUCGCUGGGAAUGUCCUUGGCACCAGUGUGAUAUAUGUGGCAAGGAUGCAGCGUCCUUCUGUGAGAUGUGCCCCAGCUCCUACUGCAGCCAGCACCGCGAAGGCCUGCUCUUCAUCUCCAAGCUGGACGGCAAGCUGUGCUGCAGUGAACAUGACCCUUGUGGGCCCGACCCGCUGGAACCCGGGGAGAUCCGGGAGUACACACCCCAGUCCAGAUCACUGACCUCAGGUUUGGGGAUGGCCAUCAUCCCCUCUGUUGCUUCUAACACUACCACCAGUGUGAACAAGACCACGAAGAGGGUCCAGGACAUCAGCGCCGGCGCUGGCAUGUGUGCUUCCGAGUCACUUCCUGCUUUUUCCAUCCCGGUACCCAUAACUAUUCCUGUCUCCGCGCCUGCCGCCUCGCCUCCGCCCAGCAGCUCCAAUGCUCCCAGCAGCCCACACGUGUUUGACCUCCCGCACUACUCGCCGAUCUCCUCUUACGAGGAGGAGAGGGAUGAAGACGAGGAGGACCUGCUGGCGGAAGUUGACGAGGAGUCAGUAGAAGAGGAUCAGAAAUCAGAUAGUCAUGAAGAGGACGGAGAGGCGGUGAUGGAGGAGGGGGGCGUGGAAUAUCUUGAAGAGGAGGAGGAGGAGGAAGAGGAGGAAGAAGAAGAGGAGGAGGAAGAGGAAGAAGAGGAGGAAGAGGAAGAAGAGGAGUGACACACAGUCGAUUAUAAUUUACUACAGAGAGGAGGCAGGUGAAAAUGAACUGAUCACAUUACACAAGUAGCCCAGUCUGUCACUGUUUGAAUCCAACGGGCAGCUGGAUUCACGGAGGAACAUUUAGGACAAAACUAAAUCAACACAUAAAUAAAUGAACUUCAUAAGUUAAUGAAUAAAUAUUACUACUGUAUAGAGUCAUAUAUACAUAGAUAUUAUUUAUUUAGUAUUUAUUUAGUUUUGUCCCAGCCAUCGCUCCGUUUUCCUGGACUUUGGUACAUACUUGCUGGAGAAAACAGUGACUUUGCACAUGCUGGUGCUGACUGCACCUUGAUAUGAGAGAUCAAGAUACAUAAAAUCAAAAGCAAAGAACUGCUACGUAGAACUUGGUUUUUGUAUUAAACAUAUUUCACUCCGAUAUACUUGUUUUCGCGCAUUUUGACCGAUUUCACAUUCUGGUUCGUUUCCAGUCGUAUUUAAGGUGUUGUGUAUGUCAGUAGUUGGAGAUGGUUGUUGUAUGUUCCCGUCAAGCUUCCUGUCAGGGGCGGAUGAAAAAUGGGCUCCAUUUGGUCACAUUUCAAUCAAAUGGUGGCCAUGCUUGCAUCAAUGAAGUUCAUGAUGGCUCUUGUACACAAGCACCACAAAGACAUUAAUUUAUCCGUGGAUAUACCAGUUUUAGUUGGUUACAUUUUUGGAUUUAAUCAGUUCUAUAAAUUGUGAUUUUACUGGACACAAAGGUCCUUGCUUCCAUGUACUCUCCGGUUCCCCUCGACUCCUAGAUGGUGCUUCAACAGUCGAGUGCUUCAUGAUCAGAUCAUCUAUGAAAAUGUCAACGUGCCCGAUGAUUGGCUGCCUGGUGUAGCCUUGCGAUGAGUUCACACAACAUGGGAGAAAACUGUCACUGCAACUGGUCAAGACUGUUGAGGUAUGAAGUUUUGUUUAUAAGAAGAGUCAGAUAGUUUGGGAUUUAAGAUGCCAGUAUCAAGAAAAAAAAACUUGCUCUAGAUUCUACCAUUUCAUGCCAAAAAGAGAGGGAAUCAGACCAACCAGGAUUCACUAAAGCUGACACUAAAGCUGUCUCAUGAAAAGGAGACGGGCUGGACUGCAGGUUUGACACUCCGGAAGCUAUUUCCUCCAUCCAACACUGGGCAAAACAGAAAGUCAGACUUGCCCUUGUGAUCGAUGGAGGUCUGAAUGCAGAGAUAGCACUAAGUUUGUUCCAGUGUGUAUUCUGUGCUCUGUACUUAUUAUUUAUAUACAGUUCUGUGACGCACAAAUGAUGACGAGGGAGGCUCCCUCUUCAUCUGGACUCAAACACAAGACUUCGAUGCGAGACUAUUGAAACGACGGACUCCUGUCAUGAUGCUUGCACUUGCAGUAUGUGUUCUUCUUGUUUCGCUUUGUCUUCAAGCUUUAUAUUGUCCGUGUGUUAUCUGCCAAUGCCUUAGAGUGUAUUCCUUUGGAGAUAUUUUUAAGGAGUGGUUUGGCACCUGUGAGAGCCAAGUGUCCCUACUAAUGCCUUUUUACAGUCGCCCAACAAGCAAUGUUUCAUUCCAGUGUAAUUAUGACCUGUUAGAUCUCAACCACUGACCAUAAAACAACUGCUAUAUAAAUAUAUAAGAAAAAGAAGUUAUGAAAUAA